AUGAUGAUGCCUGCAAUCUCCAACAGCAACAACAACACCAACACUAAUAACUACAAUCCUUUCUCUUUCUCUCCCUCCCCUCUUUAACUAUAAUCAACUCUCUCUUCUUCUUCUUCUUCUUCUCUUCUCUCAUUCUUUACUACCCAUGGCCAAUCUCUUCCUCCUCUUCUUCUUCUUCUUAUGCAAUUAUCAUAACAUCCGAUAAAUCAUAUACUGUAGUUUAACUGACUAACCACUUCUCUGCAAACCCAUCCUCGUUCUCCAUGGAUGACAACAACUGUGGCUGUUGGGCUGUCUUAAAACGCGGCGUUUGCAAGUCCUCUGUGUCUCGUGACUCUGCUAACACAAUUCCUCGUACUAGUCUUGUUUACGAUGCUGCUACAGAGACAAGAUAUCUAAAUGCUAGUAAUAGAGAGCUGUGCCCUCCAAAUGAAGCUCAACUUUCAUCUGAUAACCCUGAUCCACCACCAUCAGAUAACAAAUCUCCAUGCCAGCUUCUCCAAUUUUCUUUUCAGGAGCUAAAAUCUGCGACAGGGAACUUUAGACCUGACAGCAUUCUUGGGGAAGGUGGUUUUGGCUAUGUCUUCAAAGGGUGGAUAGAGGAAAAUGGGACAGCACCAGCGAAACCAGGUUCAGGGAUCACAGUCGCUGUCAAGAGUUUAAAGCCAGAUGGUCUUCAGGGCCAUAGAGAAUGGGUGGCUGAGGUUGAUGUCCUUGGACAGCUUCAUCAUCCUAAUCUUGUUAAACUUAUUGGUUACUGCAUUGAAGACGAUCAACGGCUGCUUGUAUAUGAAUUUAUGACUCGAGGAAGUCUUGAAAACCAUCUUUUUAGGAGGACGAUACCUCUUCCAUGGUCCAAUAGGAUUAAGAUUGCACUUGGGGCAGCAAAAGGAUUGGCCUUUCUCCAUGGUGGUCCAGAGCCAGUCAUUUAUCGAGAUUUUAAGACAUCCAACAUUUUACUUGAUUCGGAAUAUAACGCAAAGCUUUCAGAUUUUGGUCUAGCAAAAGCUGGUCCUCGAGGAGACAAAACACAUGUUUCUACUAGGGUUGUUGGAACCUAUGGCUAUGCUGCACCAGAGUAUGUUAUGACAGGGCACUUGACAUCUAAGAGUGAUGUCUACAGCUUUGGUGUUGUAUUACUUGAGAUUUUGACUGGCCGAAGAUCAAUGGACAAGAAGCGCCCUAGUGGGGAGCAGAAUCUUGUUGCAUGGGCUCGAUCAUAUUUAGCUGACAAGAGAAAACUUUACCAACUUGUGGAUCCCCGCUUGGAGCUGCAUUAUUCUCUUAAAGGGGUGCAGAAAGUUUCUCAAUUAGCUUACAACUGCCUCCAUAGGGACCCAAAAUCCCGUCCUACAAUGGAUGAAGUAGUGAAAGUUCUCACUCCAUUGCAAGAUCUUAAUGAUCUUGCCAUCUUAUCUUAUCACUCUCGUCUAUCACAACAAGGGAGACGGAAGAAGAAACCAGAGGGAUCUCAGCAACUCUCCAAUGCUCAAUCCAAAAGCAUCAGAGAUUCUCCCUUGAAUACUGGCAAACAGCGGUGUAGAUAAUGAGUAGUCAAUGCCUGUCAUUAUUGGCUCAACUAUCAAAUCAGAGGUUAUGAUGCCACAAUUGUAACUUCGAUUGUGUGAAGACAAUAUUUCAAGCUUGUUGUAUAAUUUUGGGGAGUUUGAAAUUUGCUAGAGGUGGAAGGAUUGGAAGAGGUAAAUCAAUUUCCUUUUCUUUAAAACCUUACACUAGAGAGCUAACCUCGAAUGUGGGACCAUUCCUCGCCAUUUCCCGGUGUUGUAAUUGAGAUAUCUCUUGUAAUUAGAUCAAACCUCCCAUUUCCAAGAUUGGUAUUUGCAGCUACCUGAAUGUCAAUUUCUUUGAGUUUUGGAAUU